CUGAAGUGUUAAGAUAUAGCCAAUUCGUUUGGAAAAACCAGGUUGGAAAUCUUAAAAGAAUGUAAUUAAUAGAUAAAACAACAACAGACCUGUUAUUGAAGAAAAUUCAACCAUGCCACCAGAAAGUGAGCCGAAAACAUUGGCAGAUGAUUUCAUUAACCGUGCAACAAAUAAGUUUAGACCAGAAUUCAUCAACAAUGUGGAUAACCCGUCUCUUCUUGCAGAUUUUCUGUCAUGCCUUGAAGAUGUUGAUAAGGAAGUUGUGAAAGCACAGCAAAUUCAGUGGGGAGCCAUACAUGCUGCCGGUAUUCUGUUUGACCGUCUUAUUAAAAGACCAGACUGGAUAGACAAUUUGAAGAAUGCAUUGGUAGACCCACAAAUUGGACUGUCCUUUCUUGCAAAAGAACUGAAUGAUUUUGAAGGUACAUUACUAGCUAGAUGGGAAGUUAUCGCUUUUACUGAUCGUUAUGGGACAGCGUGUUUCAAUGGUAACUGUUCAGACAUAAAUAUGAAAGUUUUAAAAGAUUUAGAAAGUAGUCCAUUGGAACAUGAUGCUGACCAGGAAUCAGUUUUUCGACUGUCAGAAGAAGUAUUUAUCGACCAAGAAACAGUUCAAUCAGCAGGGAUUGACACAUCUGGUGUCCCAAGACAGCCAACAGAUGCCUCUUCAGAUAGCGAAGUACCUGAAGGCGCUGAAACAGUCCCAGAAAAUGAAAUUUCAUUUGAUGAAGUUGAUUCUUCUAGGAUUGCACCAAGACCAAUGGAAAUUGAAGCAAACCAAAUACCAGAAGUUAGCAGCGAUGAAGAGAUUAAAAGAAAAGAGAAAGAAGUAGAACUUAAAAGGGAGGAAUUGCGACUUAAAUUGAUAGAAAAGAUUUUCUCAUUUAUAAAUAAUCCUGAGGAUGUACCUGUUGCAUUAAAUUACAUGGAGAAAGUCAAUAUGCAUAUGGUUGGAUUAUCAAAGGGCAGUGUUAUUUUCAGUAUCUACAUAGGCUCACUAGAUGCUUUGCAACAAUUUGAAAAGUUAUGGAGGUAUGGUGGACUGAAAAACCUGCUUGACAAAGAGAUGUUAGGUGAAGACAUGCUAAAGGUGUUAAAGGAAACUGCACGUUUAAAUGGCCAUCCAGUUGACAAUAUAAAGUCGGAACUAAAAGUUUUUGAAACAGACAUUGAACGUUGUAGAUCAUCACUGAUGAAGUCAUCCCUUGAUUUCCGCCCUAAAAGUUUUGCAGAACUGUCCAUGGCAGCUGAUAGAAAUAAAGCAUCAAAAGAGACACAGGAAGCUACAAUGUAUGCCAUUGAACUCCUCCCCGAAGAGCUUAGGUCAUUACUCGAGGACCCUUUCAUAUUUGAUAGAGCUCAUGGCUUCUUUGAAUCUGAUUCUCUUAAAGAGAGGCUAAAACUUGAUCAUACAGCGGUUUCCAGUCGUUCUCAGAUUACGCCUGUAGCUGGAGUUUUUAAAGACUGGUUGAAUUCAGAAUUAGGAAAAUAUUUGGCGAAUAUAGAUGAUGCCACUAGUCAGCAUCUUAUUACACUAGCAGUGUACAUUGUACAGUCGUUUUGUACUGAUGGCACUGUGGCAAUACCACAGGAAGUUCUUACAGAAAAUUUCGUUGUAAAAGAAAAGACGACAGUAUUUUCUUCAGAGCCAAUCAAUGAAGAGGUGUCAAAAGAGCUCGAGAAAUGUCUUUUUUGGGGAGAUUUGAUUAAAGUACCAAAGGAGGUAGUUGUUGAUAAAGCAGCUUUACAGACGGCUUGCAGAAAUCUGAUAAGAGAAAAGAUAAUAGGUCGAGGCAGAGGUCACUUUAACUUUAGCAGCAAUAUUGUAAGGGAUGCUUUUGUUAGCAAAGUUUUACUAUGUAGUUGCAACAAAGGUGACAUGAAGACAAUUGCAGAUUCCUUUGGUUAUGUGCAGACACUGAUUGGGAUGUUUGAUAUGGGGUCUCGUUAUGUUACCAAUGAGGAAGAUAAAAGAGAGGCUUUAUCCUGUUCCUUCAAAACUGAUGAGCUGAGAGAAAUAGGUAUUUUUGGCACACACACGCUCACUGUAUCUUCAAAAAGCAGCUUUUAUAGCACUGACCUGAUCUAUUGUCGAAUUGAGGGGUUAAGCAUGGAUGCUAGUAUUAUUAAAGCUGGGGAAAUCAUCAAAAAAUGUCAAAAAGCUAAAACACAGAAACCUGUUGUUGAUCUUUCAGUACCAAUGAUGGAUAAAUCUUUCGUUUUAGAGGAUGGAUUGCAUUGGUUAAAUGCCACAGUAAACGGUAGUUUGGAAAAUUAA